CGGGCCAGCAUCCCCGCCGGGACCGAGCUCCGGGGCAGGCCUCCGGGAGCGCGCCGACCGGAGAGAAAGACAGGGGGGUUGAGAUCCCACGACGCUGGGAAGGGCCGGCGUGACGAGGCGUCCCAGAGGAAGCCGAGCCCUCGGGGAGCUGGGACCAUUGCGCCGGCGGGCGGGGAAGGCGCAGCCCCGCAGCUACUCGGGGAAGCGCCGUGGUGCGCAGCACUUCCAGCGGCUCCGCGGCCCCAGCUACCCCUGGGCCCAGUUCUGGGGCCAAAAUGCCGGCCCUUCACAUCGAAGACCUGCCAGAGAAGGAAAAGCUGAAGAUGGAAGUCGAGCAACUUCGCAAAGAAGUGAAGUUGCAGAGACAGCAGGUGUCUAAAUGUUCCGAAGAAAUAAAGAACUAUAUUGAAGAACGUUCUGGAGAGGAUCCCCUGGUGAAAGGAAUUCCAGAAGACAAGAAUCCCUUUAAAGAAAAAGGCAGCUGCAUUAUUUCCUAAUUAACUCUGGGGAGAAACUUCAUCCUCAGUGGGAGAGCUAGUUUGUUUUAGUUUUUCCAAAUAAAACCAACAUGUCUUUUAAGGAUAGCAACAUGAAAUUUAAAGAAGACUUUCUUAAGCACUAUAUAGAUAGGGUUAUAUAUAAAAAUAUAUGUGUUUCUCAUCUUUGCUCACUAUGCACACUUUUUUAAGAGGGCAGGGAGUAUCGAAUGUACAAUUAUGGAAAUAAGGACAUUACUUGUGCAUGACUCACUUCUUUCAGCAUAUUGCUUGAUGCUUGAUGCCUCAAAUAAAGUUUUAUCUUGGGAAAA